AUGCAGUCCCAUCUCUCGCGACGGGUCUUCCGGGCCCUGAUCAAUAACGAACCGCUGUCAUUCUCAAGAUGCCGACGUACACGACUGCUACACAGCAUCUCUCCAGCUCGAACACGGCCAAGUAUCGCUGGCAUCUCGCAUGUACAAUCGCGCAGUCUCUUUGCAUUCAGCCUGGACCCGAAAGAGGUCUCGGGUGAAGUACUGCCCGCCACCUUGACCUCCGAGAAAGGUCUGAAGCCGAUGACCGAUCUCAAACGAUCCCUGGAAGAUAAGAGCAGAGCGCCUCCGGACCACACACUCGCCGAAGCUUUCAAAUUAUUCUUUGAGACUCGAGUCGAUUCGCCCGGAGUGAUCAAUUCUUUCCAGGCUCGGCUGCUGUCCAUGACGUGGAAGCACCUCAAGAGCCGACAAGAGGAACUGGAUGACGAUGACUGGCACAGGGUGUUUUCAGUGGAUAGUUUGGAACGUGUCUUGUUUGUCUUUUCCGAGGCGCAAUGUCUCCCCGAGGCUAGCGAAACGAUACUGAGACUGGCGCGAUAUGCGUAUCUGGAACUUUGCGCGGACCACGGGUUUGGAGCGAAUAAAAUCAGCAGACCUGCACUAUUGGUAUAUAUCAAUCUGUUAGCUGUGAAUGGUCAUCCGGAGGACGCGCGACAAGUGAUUAUCAAUUUUGGAGGCCAACUGCGUGGAGCAAAGCCUUCUCCCUGGCUCACUGUUCUCAAGGGCUUUGCUUUGAAGGACGAUCAACGGCAGAUGCGCAAGAUUGUUCAGGAAUUGGACAAACACGGUGUCACGUUCGAUCAAGCCUCUCAUCAGGAGUUAGUUGAAAUCCUCAUCGCGCAGGGUUUGUUCAAAGCAGCACAGACAAUCUAUGAAUGUCCCGUUGCUGGAAAAGCAGAACCUUCGCUAGCGGCCAAAGAGGCGGUCAUUCGCUAUGCAUUGCUCAACGGUGAAAAUGCGUGGGCGCAACCAAUUUACCAUUCAUUAAUCCAAGGCGGGGCGCCGAAUUCCGAGACUAUUGGCACUGCCUUGCUAUGGAAAGCAGCUCAGGGCGCCAAUGCGUCUGCCUUGGAGGAGCAGGUUGCUGAGUGGAAUGCAAAAAACCCUAGAGUUCAGGACGCAAUCACAAUUUCUGAUAUUAACAUGCUUCUUCGCUAUGCAAAUGCUCAAGGUGACUCAAAUUUGGCCACCUCCUUUGCUAGCCUGGUCAAUCGAUGGCGGCUCGUUCCAGAUGAGCAGACCCAUCUUCUACAGCUGGAGUCCGCUAUUCAGGCUGCGGAUGUCGAAGCCUCCCUCCACAUCUUGGAAAAGCAAAUGGACCCUCAUUCCCUCUCGAAGGCUGAUCCUUCUAUUGCCAACCAGCUUGUUACAAUGCUCUGCAUGUCGGAAGAGAAGGACGAGCUAUUCCAAAAGAUCUCUUCUCUUCUGGACCCCUUGUUCCAAGACGGAGUGUAUCUUGAGGCUUCAACAAUCGCUGCCUUGACCCGCAUGCUGCUUUACCGGCACGACAACGAAGCAGUCUCUGAACUUCUCCGUCCACGACUGGCCAACUUUGACAGCGAAGGCAAGACAUUAAUUCGAAGAGCUGUGACUGACUUCAUCCUCGACCUCCAAGAGACAGACGAGGAUGCGUGGGACGUAUACGAGCUGUUCAAGCUUGCAUUCCCUGAUACAGGCGUCAGCGUGCGGACAGAGAUCAUGAGUGCCUUCUUUGAGCGGAAACGCAGCGAUCUCGCAGUUAUGGUCUUUGGGCACAUGCGUCAGGCCGACGAUCUCUCGCGUCGUCCAAAGCCCGACACUUACGCUCGAUGCUUCCAAGGUAUUGCGCGAAAUGCCGACGCCACCAAUCUUGAGCUGGUGCAUAACAUGCUCAAGCUGGAUCUUGAAGUUGAACUCAACACUCGCAUUCUGAACGGACUGAUGCUGGCGUAUGCAGCGUGCGGAAUGGCCGAUAAGAGCAUGAAUAUCUUCCGCCAAAUCCUACAGUCGGAUGAAGGUCCCUCGACCAAGACGAUUGCAUUGUUCUUUAAAGUCUGCGAGAAACACCACAAUGGUGUGCACGAGGCCACCAAGAUGAUGAGUAAAGUGAAAAAGUUGGAAAUCGAAGUCGAUCGACGACUUUACUCCUCGUAUAUCGAAGCCUUGGCCGCACAGUGUGAGUUCGACCGAGUCACAGAAGCGAUCAAUAACAUGCAAUCUGAGAUUGGUGUUCCCCCAACAAGUACAACUAUCGGACUCUUCUACAACGCUAUUCCAUACCAGUACUGGAAAGACCAGGUUGAAGAAUGGGCUCGCAAGACGUAUCCUGAGCUGUGGGAGCACUUGGCUCAGAUGCACCGAAGUGAACAUGAAGAUGGCCAGAGAUUCGACGCGAUUUCGAACGAGAUCUGGGUUUGA